CGGUGCGGCACGGUUUGAAGAGCUCCGGAGAUACUGGGAGGCGCUAGCAGAGGCUGAAGCGGAGGCGGCCCAAGCAGCCGAAACAGCCGAGGAGGAGCGUCUAGCCCUGGAGGCCCAAGCCGAGGAGAUGCGCCGCGUGUUGCAGCAGGCCCAGGACGUGAAGGCCACGGAGUCACAGCGACUCGCGAGCCUCAAGGCCGAGCGAGCGGCCCUGCAGGCAGCAGCGCAGGAGGCCGCAGCGGAACGUGAUGCGGCAUUGGUGCGGGUUCGGGAGCUGGAGCGGCGGGUUUCGGAGCUGACUACGGCAAUUGAGGCGGCGAUUGCGGAGCGCGUCAGGCUGGAUGUGCUGCUUGUGGAUAUGCGGGGGCAGCUGGAGGACGCGGCUCACGAGCGGGCUGGGCUUGAGGAGCAGGUGGGUGAGCUGAUGCGCGAACGCGACGCGGAGGGCGCGGAGCGGGCCCGUCUGGCGGGCUGGCUGGAGGAGGUGGCGGCGGAGCGGUCAUCGCUGUCCGCCCGGCUGAACGAGGCGUUUGGGGUGGUGGCCAAGUUGAAGGAGGAGCGGCGCGCGCGGGAGCAGGAGCUGCAGGCUAGCGCCGAGGCUCACAGCCGGCGUGCGGAGGAGCUCGCGGACAAGGAGGUGCAGCUGAGCCAGACCCUCCAGAUGCUGGCUGGGGAUACCAAUGAGCUGCGGCACGUGAGCCAGGGACUGACCGGCAUUGCAGACAGG